UCUGUUGCUGGUUGAUGUCUCCUAUGUGGAAGGACCUGUUUGGGGUCCAGAAUGUCCAUAACACAGAAGAAAAACCAUCUUUUGAGGCUGCAGAUUCUUCCAUCUGGCUGUGAGCGAGAGGUGUAACUGCUGAAGUGAAUAGACUCCAAGGGAGACCUUUUAUAUCUGCAGCUCGCUUUGCAGUCAGCAGCCCAGCCCCUCUGCAGCUUCACUGGGAGACUUAACUGGCAUUUGGAGCGUCAGAGAAGACAACCGUAGAGUGCAGUUGUGACUGCCAGGAGUGGUGCGGGCAGACCUCCAGGCUGUGCCCUCACCCUCCUGCAAGCAUCUGAGGCUCUUCUCACACAGGGUUGCCUCCCUCCUGGGGACUGGGCGUCUGACAGGGCGAUCCUUUCACAGCUGGCUUUUGUGUGGGAAGCAAGCUGACCUCUCAGUGCGGACUGUGGUAUGGAGGGUCAUGGGGGGCGGGGAGGUGCUGAUGGCCAGAGUGGCGAGGGCUGUCUGCACACAGACCUGUGGUCUCUGAGUGACCGGCCAGUGUCUAGCGUCCAGUUAGAAAUCUUGAUUAGUGAUGUGUAUAAGAUUCAAACCAAAGUCACCAGCGCCUCAAAGAGAAGGAGGUAUCCAGAGCUUCGAGGAUUCCACCUGCAGGGCCUAUCUUGCUUUCCAGUGGAGUUACGGAGUUCAUUGCCCCAAUUUUCUGUCACUACGGUGUUCAACUCACCAGGUGGACUGUGCCCCUGUAGCCACUUCAUGCAAAUGUCCGGCAUUGAGAUCUGACUUCUUACAGCUGCCUGUCAGUGACUGGAGACAAAUGUUAAUAUUUCUAGAUUUGUACAUGUUGGACUGGGAAGGGAUAGGGAUUAAGUGGAGGACAAGGAGGAGACCCAGGCCUGAUGUGGCCAUAAAAUGUGUCAGCUGGAUCAGUACUUUCCUCCCUCGUGCUCCCCUGUGGGACGGCGCUGGCAGCUGACCAGGAGAAGGUGAUGACAAACAGUGAGGUCUGAAUUACCUUAGUGAAGCAGCACAGAAAGAGCAUACGUGGCUCCCUGCAGUAACACUUGCAAUAUCAAAGCAGACUGGUGUGACAUGGGGGACCACACUGGAAGUCAGAACACAGCCCCCCAGAAUACCUGGACAGCAGGGCAUGACAGCUCUGUCAUGAAGAUCACCUUGUGUCCCAGAAGCCCAGGUGUUACCUGUAUGCUGUCGCUCUCUAUAUAAUUUGCCACCUUGAACUGCAAGUUGAAUGAAGGUAAAAGAUAGCUCACAGAAUCAACUAGAAACCCUGGCCACUGCCAGUGCACACCUUCCUGUGCGCCAUCGUCCUCCAGCAGCCCCGAAGGGCGGGUCCUAGGGCGGGGCGCAGCUUUUCCCCAGACCCCGUCAGCUACUGUCUGCACCUGGGUCCUGUGAGUGUCCUGGACCCCAAGGCCCACUGCUGCCCUGGCUAACUAAGCUGUGCACACAGCAGCCCCGGGUGAUCCUGUGACACUGGGGACUUCUGACUCAGACCCCUGAGGUGGCCUCCUGGGACCUCACUUCCUGCCUCCUUCCCCUUCAGCAGCUGCCAUGUGGGCACCCACUCCCACUGUCCAGGGCCUUUGUUCUGAGCUAUGUGUUCACCACCCCAUGGCGUGUGUCUUGCAUGUCCCUCCCCAGCCCAACCUAUUUGAAAUAACAUUCUCUCCCGUUGUUCACCUGACCAUCAGCUUCAAGACAUGACAAGUGUCUGCACCAGUGUGAUUAUAAGAUCUUCAUGUAAAGAAUGACAGUAUUAUUGGCCAUAAAUUUAGGGACAAUUCCCAAACUUUCCCAUACCUGGGCUACAGCUAUAGGAGUAUACCUCUUUCUACCAACACUUGUAUCCCAUGAAAUCUGACAUGGAUGGAAGAGGGCUUUGUACAUGCUAAGCACAUGCUGUUCCUCUGAGCUACACGGCAGCCUCAGGUCCCGAUAUUUUUUAACAGUGUUUAGCAGGUAUAUGGAGCUGGGCAGUGCAGACCUGGAGGCAGAUAAUGCCAAAGCCCUGCAGGGCUGAGCUGUUAGGGGAACAGGAAUCCCUUCUGUUGGUGUGUCUGGGGGCUGGAUCCUCCCAGGGUCAGUCUCCAAAGCCAAGACAUCUCUGAGGUAAACCUCAGGGGCUGCAGCUGCUCAGGCAUCCUUCCUGUGAGACAGCAGGAGGGCUCCCCUUGUCAGAAAGGCAGGCGGGACCCAAGGUGGGGAAACAACCUUCACAGACAGAGGCCAGACUGAAGCACUGCAGGGACUGACACGUGGACUUGGGCGGGGCUGCCUGGUGGGUGGGUCUAGGCAGGAGGCCAGGGCAUUGAGAGAAGCCUGUGUCCACACUGUCCCAGCACCACAGCCUGAUGCAGCCGUCCACAGACCAGGCCCACAGGGACGCAGCUGAGGAUGCCCGGUGGUCCAGGCCUGAGUGCCAGGUGUGGACAGGGACACUGCUGCUGGGCACCUGCCUGCUGUACUGCGUGCGAGUUACCAUGCCUGUCUGCGCCGUUGCCAUGAGUCAAGAUUUUGGCUGGGACAAGAAGGAGGCUGGCAUGGUGCUCAGCAGCUUCUUCUGGGGCUACUGCCUGACGCAGGUUGUAGGAGGCCACCUUGGGGACCGCAUUGGGGGUGAGAAGGUCAUCCUGCUGUCAGCCACCACCUGGGGCUUCGUCACUGUUGCCACCCCGAUGCUUGCUCACCUCAGCAACGCACGCCUGGUCUCCAUGGCCUUCUCCCGCGUUCUCACAGGCCUGCUCCAAGCAGGUGGAAAACACUUUGAUGAAAGCUCUGGCAGAGACCCAGGCAGACACUUCCCAGUUUACCACCAUGGAGAAAAGCACUGUAGAGUGCAGGAUCGGUGCCCCAUGGACGCGGACUGUGUGUACUUCCCUGCCCUGACCAGCCUGCUGUCGCAGCGUGUGCCGGAGGGCCAGCGGGCCUUCGCCUGCAGCAUGGUGGGGGCCGGCUCUCAGUUUGGGACACUGGUGACGGGGGCUGUGGGUUCCCUCCUCCUGGACUGGUGCGGCUGGCAGAGUGUCUUUUACUUCUCGGGUGGCCUCGCCUUGCUCUGGGUGUGUUACGUGUACAGGUUCCUGCUGAAUGAACAAGACCUCAUCCCAGCCCUGGGCGUCCUGGUGCAAGGCCCACCCUUGGCUGGGGCCCCCAAAGUGCCCUGGAGACAGCUCUUCUGGAAGCCUUCUGUCUGGGCGGCCAUCUGCUCACAGCUGUCUUCGGCAUGUGCCUUCUUCAUCCUCUUGUCCUGGCUGCCCACCUUCUUCAAGGAGACCUUCCCCCAUUCCAAGAUUUCCCUGCCCAAGAUCUUGACCUGUUGCCCAGCAGAGCCUGGCCUUGGCCCGGCUGCUCCUCCCAGGCGGGCUGGAUCUUCAAUGUGGUGCCCUGGCUGGCUGCAAUUCCUGCCAGUUUAUUCAGCGGGUUUCUCUCUGACCAUCUUGUCAGUCAGGGUUGCAGAGCCAUCACUGUGCGGAAGUUCAUGCAGGUGGUGGGCCUUGGCCUGUCCAGCCUUUUCACACUGUGUCUGGGUCACACAUCUAGCUUCCUCAAGGCUGUGGUCUUUGCAUCGGCCUCCAUCGGCCUCCAGACCUUCAACCACAGCGGGAUCUCCGUUAACAUCCAGGACCUGGCCCCCUCCUGUGCCGGCUUUCUGUUUGGUGAGGGUGCUGCUUACCCCAGCUGUGGUGUGGCCAACACGGCAGGGGCCUUGGCAGGGACAGGAACGACCUCCCAAGGAGCAGGAAGCGAGCAGCGCCUGUCUUCUUGAGAGCAGAACAAAUGUUCCCUUUGAAGAAGCUGAGGCUGGCAGUGCCAGGAGGAGCCGGCCCUCCUGGGUGGCCCGCUCCUGGGGCCUCCACCUCCGCCCGUCACCCUGGACCUGGAUGGAAAUUGUGAAUCAGCAAAGUGCGACUCUGUCAGCUGUCCUGAUGUCCCAGAUGAGCCCAGGUGAUGCUAGAUGCCAACAGGCGACACAGCGAGCUGCUGGCCACUGCUUCCAUGGACACCACCAUCCAACACCAACUAGUGUUGGACACUGUAGGUUGACUAUGCCGGGCGCCAGCUCUCUGCCACUGGUCUUCGUUGAUUACUGGGAGCUCCUUGGUGUUAAUAGCUCUGUUGUUUCUCUCCAUCCACAAUGCUCAGGGUGAAAAUCCUCAGCAGACCUACAGGGCUUCUGGAGCCCUCACCACCUGGGAAAUGAAUCACAAGCAGGUUUACGGGACACCAAAGUGAGUCUUCACAGCAACAGGGCUGGGCUGCGGCACAGGGGUCCGCACGCAGGGGGCGCCCUCCUGAACUAAACCCAGGGAGGGCCCAGGAAGUGCUGCAGGGAGGAGGGGUGGUUGCUGCACCGCCUGCCAUGUUGGAGUGCAGAAGGGUGGUUUGAUAGCCAGGCAGGACACUGAGGCAAACUGCCCCAGUCCCUUUGGGUGCAAGCAAGAGUGAAGGAGGCCCAAGGGGAGCAGCAGACAGCCACUGGCCCAGCCACACCCCCUCCAGUUGGCAGGAGAAGCAUGAGACAGGUGCUUCUCCUCUGUCCCCCUGGUGCACCACCAGGACAUCUCUGAGCAACCCCUUCUCUGCCUGGAUGCCACCGAGUCACCUCCUCCAGGAAGCCUUCCUGGUCCUCACACUGCUGUUUGGUUCCUGCUGUCUGCUGUCGACAGCCAGGCACUCGUGCCCUCACUGUGCCCUUAGUGGGCACAUGCCAUGCAGUGCCCUCUGCCCAUCAGUUGGGUGAGGCCGCUGUAGUCAACACCAGCAUUGUUUCUCCUUUGCAACUGCUGUUCUAAAAAAUGUGAUGGGAUACACGUAGCCCAAGAGCUGUCACCUUAGCCCCUGGCAAGGCUGCACCUCAGUGCCGUGUUGUGCAGCCAGUACCACCACCCACUUCCGGAACCUUUUCUCCUUGCCGGAAGCAGACCUGGAGUCAAGCUGCAGUUGCUCCCAAUCCCCUCUCCCCAAGGCAUCUGGCAACCACUGAUCUACUCUGUGCUGCUUAUCCUGGACAUGAUGUAAAAGUGGAAUCACACCGGGUAUGGCCUCUGACUGGCUUCCUCCACUUGCUGCGUGGUUUUCGAGGUCCGUUGGUGCAGUAGCUCGAGCUUUAGUCCUCUGUGCGAGGGACUGUCAUUUUCUUCUGGUUGGCUGGAGUUGGUGGCGAGCCCACAUGCUGGACUGUGUGUGUAGCAGUGUAGCUGCAGGAAUAGGAGCCCAAGUGUUUGUCUGAGUCCCUGUUUCCAGGUGGGGCUGCCUUGAAUUCAGAAAUUCUCCCUUGACCUUGGCUGCCAAUGGCUUAGAGGGAAGUCCAUCCUGAUUCUGAUGCAGCAAAUUCUGACCUGGCCAGAGAGGAGCCUCUCUUACAUGGACAGUGCGUGGCCAUAGUGGUGCCCUGACCUCCCUCUCUGGUCGGGGGCCCCACUUGCCAGCACAGCACCUGCAGUGCUUUGCUAGAGCGGGAGAGUGCGCGUCAGCCGUGACAGCCCAAGUCUCCAGCUAAGCCCCUGCCGCACUACUAAAUAUUUUAGCAAAAGAAAAAAUUUAAAAACGUGCGGCCAGAUGUCCAAGUUGACAAAGUGCUUAAGGCGUUUGACUGAUAAAAAGCCCGAGAGCCCCCAGUAGAUGGGGAUUGAAUACUCGCCCGAGGCAAGUGUGCGAUAUUAAAAACAUCCCGGGCUGCUUUGUGCGGUUCGGCUAGCAGAGGUUUGAAGCGACCUCCAUCUGUCGUCGCCAUGCGCCCUGACACUCAACAAAGCCGGAUCGAUCUUGGAGCAGCCGCAGCUGCUUUGCAGAGGGUCAAGUGGGAUCCAUGGCCGUGAGCUGGCAAGGCACAAAGGAGGGGGAUGAAUAUGCAUGAGAUGGGUCUGCUGUUGGCCUGAGUUGUGUUUAGAGAGGGCCCCACAGGUGCCUCUGCACGGGUGGGAUGCACUGACUUCGCUUUGCUCUCUGGAGAGUAACUGCUCCCUGGCAAGCUCUGUGGGGUCCUCUGAAGAACAGACCGGACUGCACGGAAGCCUCAGUUCUCUCCUGAGCAGAGGGGAGACGUGGGCCCAGGGCCUGUUUAAAGCCAGAUUUCCCCCAGACUGCCAGACAGAGGGGAGAGAGCAGGGUCAGGGUGGGGUGAGCCUGGAGGGAGGCUGAGGUCCAGGAGAGGUAGCCAGGCGCAGGGACACCCAGACACAUCUUGCAAAAGAAGAGCUGAAAACCAGGCAGGACCAGAAGUAAUGUGUCAGGAUCAGUAAAAAGUCUAAGUUCAGCUGCUUUGAAAAUACAGAGGGUUGAUUUUCAAAGCCCUGUAUGAAUGAGGCCACCUAGGGAUUCCCAAGUAUUGACGAAACUCCAAGACACAAAUGCUAGUUCUCUGAGGUGUGACCAUCCCCAUAUUCUUACACCAUGCGUACCCAGCAUGGUAAUGACAUCAAUGACCAUCUGCUGUGUCGCUUCCAUGGGCACCACCCUCAUCAUCUCCCCUGACCCCAACACAGACCCUCAAGGCUAGGGAGGCAUUUCCUGCCUUCCAGAGAUCAGCGCAGGCUGGGUGGUGCUUCUGGCAGGGCCUGGCUGCUGCGACCCGCAUAGCACAGGAUCCAAAGCCGGGGAGAGGGGUGGAAGAUAAAGAAAAUUGAAGAAUAUCAAGAAAGACAGAUACAUACCAAGAUUAAGCUUGAAAGCUGGGACUAGGUGGAACCAUAGCCUGAUGAGCUAAUGGCUACCUGGAGUCCAGCCUGCCCCUUAUUUAUAGUGUAGGACAAACAAGAGAUAAGGUUGGGUGUUGUGUUCAGGGCAUGCGCAGAAAGGGAACAAGGAAGAAGGAUACACAUGUAACUGUCUCCUGUGUUAGGGAAUCGAUCAUGUUAAAGUACGCUGUGACGCCGCCUCACA